AUGCGCAUUCCAAUUGCCGUGCAGCUAGGGAUACUGGUGCUGCUGACGGCUAUCUUGGGUGUCGCUGCACUCGCGAUUGCCACGUGGUUCACCACCUAUGAUUUUGUAGUAGGGGUCGAAUCCCAGAGCCUUGAACUCGUUGCGACCAUCAAAGCUAGUCAGAUCGCCUCCAACCUGAACCUCCUCGAAACCACCUGCAAGACCAUCGCGACAAGACUACUCAUCCAGUCAGCCUUAAAACGAUACUAUGCGGGAAACACAUCGGAUUCGAAUUGGGUGAAUUCCAUCGCCGACGUGCAAUCGGCACUGGGGACUCGAGGGGACUUGAGUCUAUAUCAGGCCAGAAUUUAUUCAGAGAACGGACAAGGAGGCAUUGAAACAUUACUCAACGUCACCAGCGAUGCCGCUCCGAACAUCACCCUUCCAUAUGUGGCUGCGAAUGGCAGUUCGGUGAUGCUGGGAGAUGAUGGCCUCGGCUAUCCUCCUUCGCUGUAUCCGAACCUGACAUAUGUAACCACGGCCGACAACGGUUCUACUACCGCAUAUGCCUUCAGCGACUUCCCCCUUGGUUUGAACGCCACGCUGGUUUUGGGUCCCCUGAAAGUCAAUUCCUCCUUCUCGCUCCUUUCCUUGACCCUGCCUAUUAUUAAUAACACAUCGAACACCGAUCUCCUGGGAUAUAUGACUGUGGUCGCGAGCGCCGCCAACCUACAGAGCGUCGUGAGUUCACGAGAUGGGCUCGGGAACAGCGGACAGGUUCUCCUCAUUGGCCCUGAUCGGCCAGAAAACACCUUCGCUUCCACUAGUCAGCCUGCAACAGCUACAUCCGCGCCUGACGCAGCGGCCCUUGCCCAAGCACAAGUGCAUUUUAUCUUCGAGCCCACUGCGCUGCCUAAUCAGGUUGGUAGACACCGUGGCGUAUCGACGGAUACACCAUUUGUUCUCUCUUCAUACCCGAUGGCGCUCAAAGUCAUGGCCGAGCCAUAUAAUGACGCGACUAAAUCAAUCAGCCGGCUGUCAACUUCAAACGAAAAAGGGUCCAAUGUUGCUGUAGGUGCCGUCCGUCCUCAAAACUCUCUUGUAGAGUGGAUUCUUCUUGUGGAGGAACCCCACUCUGAAGCAUUCGCACCUAUUGUUCGACUCCGCAAGAUUAUACUUGCUUGUGUCUUUGGCACUGCAGGAGCGAUAAUCGUCAUGGUUCCUCUCUUGACCCACUGGGCGGUCGCUCCUAUUCGGAGGCUGCGUGAAGCCGCAAUGAAAUCAGUCGAACCCGAGGUCGCGCCCCAUUCGACCCGAGAGUUACAGAGAGCCGGAAUGGAUGCUGAAGAUGAACGAACGGAGACAGUCGAAGCUACCGAAGAGCAUAUGAACGAGAAAGGGUCGCCUACCAUGUGGGUAAAGCGCCUUCGACACCCGCUGGCAAGACUCAACAGUUCUGCCAGCAUUGGCAGGGUCCCGACUUCUCGUAAUUUUCAAAUUCCAGGCAGGGUCAAGGAGAAAAAGCAUUGCGUGACAGACGAGCUCACGGAACUCACCAAAACAUUCAAUGAGAUGUCAGACGAGUUGACCAUUCAGUAUAACCGACUCGAGGAGCGGGUGGCCGAGCGGACCCGAGAGCUUGAGAAGGCGAAGCUGGCUGCAGAGACUGCCAAUGAAAGUAAGACACUUUUCAUCGCCAACAUCUCCCACGAGCUGAAAACUCCCCUGAAUGGAAUUCUCGGCAUGUGCGCGGUAUGCAUGGGGGAGGACGAUCUGUCCCGGAUCAAAAAAUCCCUUAAAGUGGUCUAUCAAUCCGGCGACCUCCUAUUGCAUCUGUUGAACGAUUUGCUCACCUUCAGCAAGAAUCAAAUCGACCAGGCUAUCCAGAUCGAAAAAAGAGAGUUCAAGAUGUCCGACAUCCGAUCCCAACUGGCCAUUAUCUUCCAAAAUCAGGUCCAUGAAAAGCAAAUCGACUUUAGUGUGAAAUUCGUUUCCGCUGGGAUCACUGAGUCGAGAGGUACUAUGUGCCGUGAGCGAUCACUCGACCUGACACACCCAAGUUCUAGCUCAGUACAACCGGACAGACUGGCCGAUAUGGUCUUGUGGGGUGAUCAACACCGCAUCCUCCAAGUGCUGAUCAACCUGGUUAGCAACAGUCUCAAGUUCACACCCGAGAAGGGGAAGGUGGAAGUACGGAUUCAACUUCUCGAAGAAGCCUCCGGGCUUGAUAACCAGGUUACCCUGAGAGGUCAGUCUCGCAAUGACCAUCGAUUACGACCGCAGACCGCGUCAAGCCUAGGCUCCUCUGUUCCGGACGCAGCCGGUGGAGCUGAGAAUCAUCUUGAGCCGCCGAGAACCACCCAACCCAACUUUCGUCAAGUCACAUUUGGAUUCGAAGUCAAGGAUAAUGGACCAGGUAUACCCGCCAACCUCCAUCGACGGAUCUUUGAUCCAUUCGUUCAAGGCGACCUGGGGCUGAAUCGCAAAUACGGCGGAACUGGCCUCGGGCUCAGCAUUUGUGCUCAAUUGUCUCGUAUUAUGGGGGGUGAUAUUUUGCUGGACAGCGAGGAGGGCAAAGGAUCUCGUUUCACAUUGAGAAUUCCACUGGGCUUUGUCAAAGAAUUGACACCAAGUAUGCAAACAUCAAGCAUUCCAGGGUCCCGAACCCCAAGUGUACUGUCUUUGGAGGAUUUCUCCAACGUUGUGCGAACGCCCUCGAACCACAGCUCAGUGAGGAAUGAGCCCCAUGCACAUGCUCCUGGGUUUGAAAAGUCGGAAAUUCAACCACGCUUGGUUGGCCUGAGCCACCCAUUUUUCACUCCCACCGUUCCUUCGUCUCCUGCUUCAAAUUCAAACAACAUUCCUCCUAGCCAGGGGCCAGCUAACAAGGGGAACGAGUCCAAAAAGAUUCGUGUAUUGGUGGCUGAAGACAACACUGUGAACCAGGAAGUCGUGAGACGGAUGCUUGCGCUUGAAGAGGUUUACGACGUGACAAUUGUCAAAGACGGCCAGGAAGCAUAUGACACCGUCAAAUCCAACAUGGAGAAGGGCGAGGUCUUUGAUCUUAUUUUUAUGGACAUCCAAAUGCCGAUUCUUGAUGGUCUUGAAAGCACACGCCUUAUCCGACAGAUUGGUUACUCAGCCCCCAUUGUCGCCUUGAGUGCAUUCACAGAAGAAAGCAACAUCAAGGACUGCAUGGACUCGGGGAUGGACAUGUUCAUAAGCAAACCUAUUCGCAGGCCUGUAUUGAAACAGGUUCUAAGCAAAUUUUCGACGAUCUUUGAGGAACCUGAUACCGGAUCUUGA